AUGUUAGUCUAUUCCUGUCUGCUCCUCAGCCUUGCUGCUGUAAUCGCUGCUGAGGAAAAUGCCACAAUAUUUUUGGAGAAUUUUAACAAAGAAGCCGAAAAUCUGUCUUAUGAAAGUUCACUUGCUUCCUGGGAUUAUAACACCAAUAUUACAGAUGAGAAUGUCCAAAAGAUGAAUGAAGCUGCGAGCAAAUGGUCAGCCUUUUAUGAAGAACAAUCCAAGAUUGCCCAAAAUUUUCAACUACAAAAUAUUCAGGAUCCCAAAAUCAAACUUCAGUUGCAAGCCCUUCAACAGAGAGGGUCAUCAGCACUCACAGAAGACAAAAUCAACAGACUGAACACAAUUCUAAGCAACAUGAGCAACAUCUACAGCACUGGAGUAGUUUGCAGGUCAAAUAAUACUGAAGAAUGUUUAUUACUUGAACCAGGAUUGGAUAACAUAAUGGCAACUAGCAAUGACUAUGAUGAAAGGCUCUGGGCCUGGGAAGGCUGGAGGUCUGAGGUCGGCAAGAAGCUGAGGCCAUUAUAUGAAGAGUAUGUGGACUUGAAAAAUGAGAUGGCAAGAGCCAACAAUUACACAGACUAUGGGGAUUAUUGGAGAGGAGAUUAUGAAACAGAGGGAACAUCUGGCUUGGAGUACAGUCGUGACCAGUUGGUUAAGGAUGUGGAACGUACCUUUGCAGAGAUUAAACCAUUAUAUGAACAUCUUCAUGCCUAUGUGAGGACAAAACUAAUAAAGCUCUAUCCUUCUCAUAUCAGUCCGACUGGAUGCCUGCCUGCCCAUAUGCUUGGUGAUAUGUGGGGUAGAUUUUGGACCAAUAUGUACCGCUGGACAGUUCCCUUUGGACAGAAACCAAACAUUGAUGUUACAGAGGAGAUGGUGAAACAGAACUGGAGUGCAGAUAGGCUAUUCAAAGAGGCUGAGAAAUUCUUUGUAUCUGUUGGUCUUCCCAAGAUGACUGAAGGAUUCUGGAAUAACUCGAUGCUAACUGAGCCCGAAGAUGGCCGGAAAGUGGUGUGCCACCCCACAGCUUGGGAUCUGGGAAAGGGUGACUUCAGGAUCAAGAUGUGCACAAAGGUGACAAUGGAUGACUUCCUGACAGCCCAUCAUGAGAUGGGACACAUUCAGUAUGACAUGGCAUAUGCCAUACAACCCUACCUGCUAAGAAAUGGAGCUAAUGAAGGAUUCCAUGAGGCUGUGGGGGAAAUCAUGUCACUUUCAGCAGCAACACCUAAGCACUUGAAAUCUCUUGGUCUUCUGCCACCGGACUUUGUUGAAGAUAAUGAAACGGAAAUAAACUUCCUACUCAAACAAGCACUUACAAUCGUUGGAACUCUACCAUUUACUUACAUGCUAGAAAAGUGGAGGUGGAUGGUCUUUGCAGGUGAAAUUCCCAAGGAUCAGUGGAUUAAAAAGUGGUGGGAGAUGAAGCGGGAGAUAGUUGGGGUGAUGGAACCUCUUCCCCAUGAUGAAACAUACUGUGAUCCUGCAUCUCUGUUUCAUGUUGCUAAUGAUUAUUCAUUCAUCCGAUAUUACACAAGGACCAUUUAUCAAUUCCAGUUUCAAGAAGCCCUUUGUAAUAUAGCUAAUCAUACAGGUCCACUGCACAGAUGCGAUAUCUCAAAUUCUUCUGAAGCUGGCUCAAAGCUGCUUAAAAUGCUGCAGCUGGGAAAAUCAGAGCCCUGGACUUUAGCACUGAAAAAUGUGGUAGGGACCACGACAAUGGAUGUAAAACCAUUGCUCAAAUACUUUGAACCUUUAUUCAAUUGGCUCAAAGAAGAAAACAAGAAUUCUUUUGUGGGCUGGACUCCAGAUAGCUUUCAUUCACCCUGGAGUGAUGAUGGCCAGAGUAUCAAAGUGAGGAUAAGCCUAAAAUCAGCUCAGACUCAAUAUGAGUGGAAUGUCAAUGAAAUGUAUUUGUUCAAGUCAUCUAUUGCAUAUGCCAUGAGAGAAUAUUUUUUAAAAGAGAAAAAUAAGACCCUCCUUUUUGGGGACAGCAACAUUAUGGAAAGUAAUUUAACUCCAAGAGUCUCUUUCACUUUCUUUGUCACAUCGCCUGAAAAUGUAUCAGAAAUCAUUCCGAAAUUUGAAGUUGAAGAGGCCAUCAGGAUGUCCCGGGGACGUAUCAAUCGUGCUUUCGGCCUGGAUGACAGCACCCUGGAUUUUGUGGGUAUUGAGCCCACACUGGCACCCCCUUACGAGCCACCUGUCCUCAUCUGGCUAAUUAUGUUUGGGGUUGUGAUGGCAGUGGUAGUAGUUGGGAUUCUCGUGCUCAUCAUCACCGGAAUCAAAGAACGAAGAAAGAAAAGUCGAGCAGAAUUGGAAGAAAAUCCUUAUUGCAACAUGGACUGUAGUAGAGGAGACACUAACUCAGAUAUUCAAAGCAGUGAAACGCCUCAGACUUCAUUUUAG